AUGACGAAAUCCAUGUGGGGACAUGAACACCACAAAGUGUUUGUGGACUUAUGCAAGGAGCAAAAGAUGUUGGGAAACAAACCUUCAGGCAGUGGAAGAUAUGGUGUAGACUUGUUCAAUGCAGUCAUAUCACAUAUGAAAUGGGAUCCUCAGACAAAGACGUUUGGUGCCAGUAUUCGAGACUGGGCCAACUAUUUACAGGACCUAGAGUUUAUCUUUGAAGGUACUUCCGGCAGCAAAAAGAAGCGAAGAUGCAAUCAUCCUGAUGAAGAUACGCAAAGCGCGUCUAAAGCAUAUUGGUCAUCGUCUUCACAUGAGCUGCUUGUUGAUUUGUUGUUCCAAGAGUCUUUAAAAGGAAACAGACCUAUCAAAACCAGAGAUAGAAUGGCUAGUUGUUCUAGAAUUCUUCUUCUUGUGGCUUCUCUCUCUGCUAUAUUUGACGAACAUUCGUCGCUACAAGUUCAAUGCGAAACGCUUUUCUAUGGCAGGCUCAUAUAUCGUGGCUUAGAGCAACGGUUUGGGGGUACUAUUGUCAUUCUUCCGAAACGUUGUGUACCUUACCCGUUUCCUCCGCCUCAUACCGAGAAAAUCAUAGUUUUCGGGGAGAUUUUUGAAGCUUUAGUUUAG